AUGGCCAAUAGUCUAUCACUGGACGACCGAAUAGACAUCGAGCUCUACGCGUUAUUUUUGAUCAGUGGUGUACCAUAAGGCUAUAUAACGGAUUUAGUGAGUAAUAAUAUGCCCCGUGCGGAUGUUUGGUGAAAUCGUAUUCAUUAUUUUUUUAUUAUUAAAAUUGUACAUUUCGAUUCCUGCCUAAACCCUACGCAAUUAUUACAAUUGCCGAUUUCUUUUUGGUACAAUAUGUAGGUUUUACAACAUACCGACUUGUACAUUUAUUGAAUCAGGUAGGUGACCGAUUUGAUUUUCGUCUUUGAUUUCGGAUACAAUCUAUAAUGAACUUUGCCUCUAUUUUACUUAAUCUAACCUUUAUCUAUUAUUAUCCUAGAACUCUGUUGCAUACACGUGUUUUCACUAUUAAAUAAAACAUUAGCACACAGAUAAGUAAAGAAUUUGUCCAACAAUUUUUUUUUUUUUUCUUCUCUAAACGCCAAAAGAUAAAACGAGUACAUAGUGUAUUUAAUUGUGUAGGCGCAUCACGAGGUGCAAUAUUAUUUAUAUUCACCUACUUUGGUUUUUCAAUCAAAAAACUUUAUUAGUAAAUAUUAACCAAACUCACCUAGGUAUCUGGGUUUUGUCAACGUGUGUUUUGUUUGUUUUUUUUUAAACAAUUUAUUUUACCUAGAUACUAAGGUUGUUUACCUAUUUGAAGAUGACAUAUUGUGUUAAGCCAUAUAAUUAUGUAAGAUAUAUAUAGUAAGUUGGUAACUACCUACCUAUUAUAAUAAUAAUUUAUUAUAGAAAUGGAACUAUAGAUAUCUACUACCCGCUUUGCUUUGAAUUUAAUAAUAAACAUUAGAAUAAUGUAAGUUUAUUUAUAUAAUUUCGGUAAGUUUUCACUGUCUUUUACUAUUUGUUUAUACUAUAUAGGUACUUAUUUACAAACAAUGCACGAGAUAAUUUUUUUUAUUUGGGUACCGAGAUUGAUAGAAAUUAGGUUACACCAUAUAGGUACCUACCUAAUUAUUUAUUUUGUUUUGAAUCUUAUAAUCUAACCGGAGUAAAGUGACCUUUUAGUUAAAACUCAAUUAGAUUUUUACAUAGAUUAAAUUAAUAUGUGUCUACCUACAGAUAUUUUGCCUUGAUGUUUGCUGAUAUUGGACUACAUUCAAAAUAUUCCUAAUGAUUAAUAAUAGACAUUUUAAUCACAAUAGUGUCUUUCAUAAACAAUAAUAUUAUAAUUAAUUAAAUAUCAAUUAGUAUUGAAAAUGAUAUGUCCGUAAUAAUAAUUGGUAUUAUUAUUAAAAAUUACUGUACAAGAUGAGUAAUAUUGUUUGUAUACAUGUAUCAUUCUGUGUAUAAUACCUUAUUGAUUGUUGAACAAAAUUAUUAUACCCUGGCUAAUUAAAAUCUAUUAACUGUUAAUAUACCUACUUGACAUGUCAAAUACUUAGAAGUAAAAACAUAUAUAUAUAUAUAUAUAUAUAUAUAUAUAUUUGCUUGAGGAAGAUACUUUUAAGUUGGCGGGUAAAACAUUUUUAACAAUUUUAAUGAGUACAAAUUGAUACCUAUUAAUAGGUUUUAUUUUUUUUUUUCUCUUAAAUUUUCUCUGUUUUAUUGCUAUUUUAUGUUCAAUCGAAAUUGUAAAGAAGUUAUAAAAACCAAAGUUAGAAGUGAUUUAUAAUACUUUUCUCAAAAUGUUAUGAAAAAAAAAUGUGUUACUAUGGAUUUGUGAUAUUUUUAUAGUACCUACCAAAUUAACUAUUUAUGUAUAACUUGCAUACAAUUUACAAUUUUCUUAAAAAUCACUUGUAUUGUGCACACUAAUUUUCAAUUGAAGGUACUUGGUGAUAAAAUAAAAGUUGAGUUUAAUGUUGUAAUAUAUUUUUAUAAGUCUUUAAAGUUCAAUUAAUGUAUGAUAAAAUCCUUACAAUUGUAAUUUAUUUUGUAAUUGCCUAAAAAUUUAUAAAAUUAUAUCAAUAGUUAUAAAAUGUCAACAAAUGUUUACCAAAUUCGGCUCACAAUCGCUUUCUUUUAACUAUCAUAUUUUUGUUUAGGUACAUUUUUUAAUAAAUAAUUACUUAUCUAAUUACCUAUUUAUUUAAAACCAGACUGUUUUGUACAUUUUUAAUGAAUAUCUGGUAACUAUCUAUCUAGAUUAUUAUUUGAGGAUAGGUACUUAUUUAUUAGGUAAUACUAUCUAGAUGGGAAAAUAUAAUUAAAUCAUGUUUUUGUUUUAUGUAUGUAUAUAGAAGAAGGAUAAAGGACGCUCCAGUCUUCAUGAAUUCGGUUUGGAUGCAGUGUCCAGUGCUGUUGCCACAGCGAUAGCACGGUCAGUUGUUGCACCAUUUGAUAGGGUCAAAAUAAUAUCUCAGGUAUGUUAAUAAUUAAAACAGUGUUUUUUUUCAGUAUUAAGUGAUUUAUUAAUAAUGUAAAAAUAUUCUACUAAGUACUAAGGUACCUACUCUUCAACAUUUUAAACAUUUUUAAUUUGCAUAGAUGCUCUAAAACAUGUUAUUUCUAUAUUAUUUUUACUGAAAGAAUAUGGCAAAUUGUGUGUUCAAAAUACUAUGACCUCACCAAAUUAUUGCUUCAUCAUUCUUCUUCUGUCUACCAUCACAAAUAACAAACAAUAUGAAUGUCCUAAUUUUAUUACCCGAUGUUCAUGCUCUUUUAGUAAAUAAUUAUAGUAAAAUAUAAAUACACCAAAUAAUAUACAAAACAUAAUUAAUUAAAAACAGAUAAUAAAAUUAAACUUUGUCAUAAAUUACUAUUGAAAUAUCUAUCUUAUAUAUAUAUAUAUCAUGUUUUUACUAUAUUUUAGGUUCAUUAUACAUCAGUAAAUGGCCAAAAUAAUUCACAUUACCAUCCAGGUAUUUUGACUACAUUAAAUCAAAUCUAUCGUGAGCAAGGUUUACGUGCAUUAUGGUUCGGAAAUGCCACAAAUAUUUUACGAUUUGUGCCUUCUCAGGUAAUUUUAAUACUUAAACAUAAUAUUAAAUUAUGUUUAGUUAAAUUUGUUGUAAGUCUCAUCAAAAUUCAAUGAAUAUUAUUUAUUUAAUUGUUAUACAUUGAUAGAUGGUUAUCACAAGAUUAUUUGUUAUAAGUCAUAAGUAAUAAGUGAUAGAAAUAGGUAAGUACCACAUUAUGAUAUCAUUUUUUUGUUUCUCCAGUAAAUAAUAAUUGUAGGUGCAAUCGCACCCACGUAUUUUUCUAAAUACUGUCAAUGACCUAUAACUUAUAGUAUUCCAUUUCUAUGAAAAAUAAAUUAUUUUGUACCUUUUUAAUUAUGCACUAAUAUUGAUGCUUGUAACAAAUAGGCUUGUAAACUAGCUGUCUAUUUUUUAUAUCUAAAAUUAUAUUUAAAUAUCUAUAGAAAAAAUGGUUUGUUUUGUUGAAAUAAAUAUGUUAUUGAAUCUAAAAUAUUGUAUUUUCAAUAGGCAGUUAUGUUUGGAUUGAACACAUUUUACCUAAAAUUACUUUUGGGUAAUAUAAAACAUAAAGAUGAUGGUUUUAGUCAUGUAGCACUGAGUUUAAUAUCUGGUGGAUUAUCUGGUGCAACAACCCUAUGCAUAUUUUAUCCACUUCUUUUCUGUCAAACUCAUUUAGCUGCACAUGUUGGACCAUUGGUAGAUCGUGAAUAUACUGGAUUAUUAGACUGUAUACAAAAAACUGUACAAACAAGAGGUGUACGUGCUUUGUACACAGGUAAAGAUAUUAGUUCAUUUUUUUAGAUUUACAUUACACAACCAACUAAUAUUAAUUUAUGGUUACAGGAUUUGCUAUUGCAGCAAAUGGUAUGGUCAUAAACAAAGCAAUUUAUUUUGGAGCUUAUUAUAGCUUUAACAAAACUAUAUUAGACCAUAAUAAUAGCUUAAUUUUCAAUAAAGAAAAAGACGCAAAAUUACCAUUUUGGAUACGUUUUGCUACUGCACAAGUAUAAUAAAUUGACCAUUAUUAUUUUUAUGAAAAGUGUAUACAUAUCUAUAUAUAUAUUGCACGUUUUGUAGGUGGCUACAUAUCUAUCGCAGUUAUUCAGCUAUCCUUUAGAUACAAUAGGCAGAGUGCUGAUUGUACAAACAUCUCAGGAGGAAAAAUUGUAUCAAAAUGCUAGAGACUGUUUCUCAAAACUUUGGAAUUCUCAAGGUUUAUCUGGUCUGUACCGUGGAAUGUUGCCUAACAUAAUUCGAUCAAGUGGUUCAGCUCUAAUUCUUGUGCUGCAUGAUGAAUUCAAAUGGAUAUUGAGCAAAACUGGUAUGUUAUUUAAGAAUGAAAAUCAAGAUGAUUAA